ACCAAUUUAAUUACGAUCAAACUGUAGACCAGUUUCACCCCUGACUAUUAUCGCCUUCCCCACGUCUAAGCGUUGUCACAACAGGGAUCGUAUUCAGCCAGCAAUCGCUGUUAGACCCAACCCAACAAUAGACUUUAUAUUUCCACCAGCUUCAUCCUUAAUACGGCCCAAUUAUACUUUCACAGUCUUACCGAAGUUUACACACAUUCUAAGACACAGCCAUCUAACAGCCGUUACCCAUGACAUUGUCGUUAUCUCCCACACAGGAGCACUUCCUCAAGAAGGAGCUUGUGUCACAGCAACUCGCGCACGAGUUUCGUUUGCUCAGCAGCCCAGACGGGCUCCAGAGAUUUGGAUACCCUUUUUCCACUGAAAAGGCGACGUCUGACGCGUUUCCGCUUCUCCGUUUCUUCUUCGACAACUUUGUCUUAACCUUUCCGUUUCUUUCUCACAACACGGCGUUCUGGGAGGCAAAGGUGCAGCCAUUCUAUGAAACCUUCUCAGCCAAGAAAAUUUCGUCGUCGGAGGAUCGCGGGGAGUUGUCAAAACGGCGUCAGGUCACCAACAAGAUGGCCAGCGGGAUUCUCCUCUUCUUUGUUUCUUCCAUCGCCACCAAGUCCGACACCGAGUACUUUCUUACCAGUGUGCCGAACAUGGACGCGGUGCAGAAGGUUACUAAGCGCGAUGUGGUGCUUAUUCUGCCAGAUGAAGUGGAUGAUAUGCUUACCCUCACCGCCCCAUCCACCGGGUUUGCCUUGAACAUUGCGGGUGUGCGGAGGGUCGAUGAUAAGAAAGGUUGGUUUCUGCUGGCUCCAGCGUACGAGUUUAUAGUUCAGGUUACCGACAGUGAGCAUGCUCCGUAUAUCGUGUACAGACGAUAUUCGGAGUUUCUCCGGCUAGAUAAGGCCUUACGGGCACAGUUUCCGGGGAAGCUGUUACCCGCGUUUCCCGAUAAGACCAAGAUGGAGGGGCGGAUCGCGGAAUCUGAGUCAGUGGAAACCUCACCAAAAGGAAAGAGCUCAAUGGAGUCGUAUGAUUCAUUUGCGUCGGCUUUGCUGGAUUCAGAGUUGAAACAACAAGACAAUGAGUCGUCAAGCUUACAAAAUGAACCGUUGUUAAGGACUCAGAACGCGCAAACCCUAAAGAAGCCUAUCUUCAACUUGAUGCCUCCUGUGCCGUUAAAAACCCUUGCCCGAAAGCUCUCAAAUCCAAGGUUGAGUCCACCGUCUCCAACAUCCAGCCAUUUAUCCCCGCCUAAAACCUCAACUCGCAAAUUGCCAAAUAUAGAGCGGAAACUGUCGCCUGAGAACGCCAUCUCGGUUCCCCGGGAGUAUCUCCGUCUUCUGUUGCGCGGAUAUAUGAAGCUGCUACUCCAAAACCCCGAGGUUGCCAGCUCUCCCAUCUUGGCCAGCUUCUUGGCUCCGACCGCUUCUGAUACUCCACCAUCGCCCUUGGAAUGGCGUGAUAUUGCUACGCGCACUCAAUUGGACAAAGCGCGCAUUCUCAACCAGAUGGAGUUCCAGAAACAAGCUCAGUUGCGCGCUCUCAGCUUGAGGGAAAAUAUUGAUGGGCUCAAGUCGUCGCUACUUCACGAUCUGAACGGUCUCCACCGGCUCUUUAGUGAGUUCGGUACCGCCACUUCCGUUGCAGAUUUGCGCACCUCCUACUUGCGCUCCUUCAUAGAGUUGAUGAAGAUCGAAAUAGCGCUGACAAUCUACGAGAUGUUCUUGGGACAGGACAUGUCGCGCGAGUGGUUUAAAAGCAUCAAGAAGAUCCAUGGCUUCUUCCCGUACACGGUAUUGUCCGGAAUCUUACGCAUAACCAAUCCCAUGAAGCUCAUGAAGGCGAUGAUGGACUUGUUUUUGAGCACCAGCGUGAUCCCCUUUAGCGGAAAGUCCCUCAUGCAAAUGUGUUUCAGCUCAAUGUUGAACGACGAUUUGCGGUUGCAGCAAAGCGAAAUCGCUGCCUUGUCUGAAAACAUCACCACGUCCCAGACCUGGAAACACGUAUCUGGCGAGGAUAUCGUGCAAAAGCUCAGAGCGUACGUAUGGGAGCCGUCUGAGGAGACUAUUGUCAAGAUCAAGGCGAGAAUAGAGCUGGAUGGGCAUGACUUGGUGGUUGGCAUUUUGUGCACCCAUGGGUAUCUCACCAACGACGUCAUCAUCGCUGACGAUACAUUGAAACAGGUGGAAAAGAGUUUUGAGGCAUAUCAAAGGGUUUACAAAACCACAGAUGGAGCCCACGACGACAUUGAGCUCUACUCAAAUAUCAAAUCUCUCUUCCAUUUACUCUUGCGCCAGCGAGAUAAGGAGUUGAUGAAGGAGGUGUGGGACGAGCCGUAUUUAAUCUCCCUCAUUAAGGAGAUCUUCACGCAGUUCUUCACUCCCAUGGUGGAGGUAUUCAAAUUGGCCAACUUGCCCCUUGCUCUUAAAGAUUUCCAGGCUUUCAUGGCCGAUUUAAUCGCUACGGUAGACCGGCUUUAUGAAAUCAUGUACGAGCUCUCCCCCAGCUUGUUAUUGAAGGAGGUGAUGGGUGUGUUAGAGAGACACCAGGACAAGAUGAUGCGGUUUUUCAACGAAACAUACCUCAAGGAUACAGACGGGUUUUUUGAGGGGAUUAUUGAUUGGUUGGAAAAAUUUCUCCGGACGUUGAGGUUUAAGUUCAGUCACCCCCAGGACUUGCUUGACUUGGAUUGUCUAGUGGCUGGGGACGCGAAGGUUGUCAAGGAUGUGGAUGCCAUUGUAGCGCUGACACUUUCCAAGAGACUUAUCUACAGCGAGAUUCUUAAGGAACUGUUGCAAACCACAGCCACAGAUUAUGACGAUAGGAUCAAACAGGCGUGGGACCAAAUCAACGAUUUUUCGGGAAUAGGGUCUUACAACGAGUUCGGAGUUCAUGAAGGCGACUUGGUCGAUUUGGACAUGCACACAGGGGAGUUUAAAGAUAUCGCAAACGCAGAUACUGUUCGAGAGAAAUUGGAUAAGUUGUUAGCAGAGCCAGGUCACAGCUGCCACGAGAUUGAGCGUUUGCGUCCGGGAUUUGCUGCCAUGGUGACCGGGUUGUUGCGCAAGAUUGAGACGCAGUAAAAUGUU